AGGUUAAAUGGACGCGUGCUUAGGAGAAGUUGCAUGCACGGAAGUGCAAAGACAUAAAAGACUGCGAUCUCGGCAGCAACGCCAUUAAGUGAGAGCUGCGAAUGCAGACGACGCAUCGCGUGUGUGAUUACAACUUUAAUCAAUGAUCUCCGUGUCCGCGACGGCGAUCCGUUGACAAACUAUCACAAAGCACGAAGAACAGGAAUAUACUGUUCAAGCUGUUUUCUCGAGUGCAUGUGCCGCUUUUUUCCUCCUGCUUCUCCAUUACACACCUCCAAACCAGAGAUUAGCAGUUUAUAAAGUCGUUUGUGGGUUUUAUAUUAGGUACGACAGCGGGAAUUACGAUAUUGGUAAAACGAUAGUCGCCCCUACCGUCUGUGUCCAAUACAGCCUACAAAAAGGGGGGUUCCGUGGCGGAUCAUUUUGUUUACAUCAUUGUUUUGAGUUUGCUGUGCCGUGAAUCGUUUUAUUGGAGUGCAGUGAAUUACUUUAUUGAAGUGAGGUGUUUUAAUUGAUGUAAAGUGAUCUUUGCCUACAUUGUGAAAGACAAGUUGAACCCUAGAAUGGGCUAUUAUUGGGGGUCCAGGACGACUUUUGGGGAAGCCAUUACUUUAAUGCCGCUUGUUUAAUUUUAUUUUUGUUCAAUAAAUUGUUAUUUUUACUACGCCAGUCUUUUCUUGUGAAUCUUGAGAACCAUUGUGGGGGCGAAUUCAGGGCUACACCCUCACCAUAUUACAUUUGGCGCUGUUGGCAGGACAAAAGGACUGGUGAUAGGGGUAGGUUUUUUUUAAGGCUUGGAGGUUGUGUGUGGAGGGGGGAAAAGCGGCAGCACACUUGCAUCGCAGGACAUCGUAGGACGUCCAUCAACGAAGGUCUCAAGUCCAGCGACCACCUUAACGGCCAUGUCCACACCAGAGGGGAUGGAGGAGCUGCAGGCCCUGAUGGACGAGAUGCGACUGCUUCGGACUGAAAAUGAACUUUUGAAGGAACAAGGAAAUGGCCAACAGAGCACAACCAAUGCUUCAACAUCCAACAGUGAGUCCAGCGCAUCAGGCAUAACGGGUGUGAAGCCAGAGAAACCGGCAAGCAUGGGGGCUUAUCUGUCGCAACCGAACACGACCAAGACCUCUUGUGAUGGCGGCAACAGCACCAUGAGCUACGGCUUCUCUGCUAUGCAGGGCUGGCGAGUUUCCAUGGAGGAUGCUCACAAUUGUAUCCCAGAGUUUGAUGAGGAGACUGCCAUGUUUUCUGUGUAUGAUGGACAUGGAGGAGAGGAGGUGGCUCUUUACUGUUCAAAGUACCUUCCUGAUAUCAUCAAAGAACAGAAGACCUACAAAGACGGCAAACUACAGAAGGCAUUGGAAGAUGCCUUCUUGGCCAUCGACUGCAGAAUUACAACAGAGGAUGUCAUUAAGGAACUGGUGCAGAUCUCUGGGCGUCCGAUCGAGGAGCCACCCACUAAAGUGGCAGAUGAGGAUGACGUGGACACAGAAGAGGCAGCUUUACUCCACGAGGAGGCCACUAUGACCAUCGAAGAGCUGCUAGUGCGAUACGGACAGAAUAAGAACAAUAGCAAGCAAUCUGUUGCUAGCAGUACAAUCGCUAAGAAGGCAUUGGGCCAGUCUAUGGAGGUCUCUUCACACAAAGGGGAAGGUCUGGAAGAACCAAAGAAGGACGAGGCUGUAAAUGGGGAGAUGGAAGAAGAGAGUAACGGAAUGGAGAUAGAAGGUGACGGCACGUCAUGCGAGUCCAAGCUGCGGGUGUGCCGUAGAAAGAUCAGCGACGAAGGCUGCGGGCCAGACUGCGGCAGCUCUGGAAACGCCAACGGAGAAGAAAAGGCUACUAAAGCUGAGGUAGACGCUGGCCCCUCAUGUUCGUCGUCAUCCAAAACUGAAGGUGAUUCCAAGUCAAGAUUCUUCGAUGACAGUGAGGAGUCGGAAGGGGAGGGAGAAGAUGAGGAGGAAGAGGGAAGUGAAGAAGAGGAUGGCAGCGAAGAGGCUGAAGCUGACAGCAGUGAGCUGGAAGAGGACACUGAAGAGGGGGAGGAAGACUCAGAUGAAGACGAGGAGGAAAUGAGUCUACCUGGAAUGGAUGGAAAGGAGGAGCCGGGCUCAGACAGCGGCACCACUGCUGUUGUGGCGCUAAUCCGGGGGAAGCAACUGAUUGUGGCCAAUGCUGGGGAUUCUCGAUGCGUAGUCUCGGAGCGAGGCAAAGCUGUCGACAUGUCGUAUGACCACAAACCCGAGGACGAGUUGGAGCUGUCGCGUAUUAAAAAGGCUGGAGGCAAAGUAACCAUGGACGGUCGGGUCAAUGGUGGACUGAACCUUUCAAGGGCCAUUGGUGAUCAUUUCUACAAGAGGAACAAGGUUCUGCCCCCAGAGGAGCAGAUGAUCUCAGCCAUGCCUGAUGUGAAAGUCCUUACGCUCAACGAUGACCACGACUUCAUGGUCAUUGCUUGCGACGGUAUCUGGAACGUGUUGAGCAGUCAAGAGGUGGUCGACUUCUUCAGUGAGAGGAUCAAACCGGACGAGAACGGCGUUGCCAGACCUCUUUCGUCUAUUGUAGAGGAGCUUUUGGACCAUUGUUUGGCCCCAGACACAUCUGGAGAUGGGACAGGAUGCGACAACAUGACCUGCAUGAUCGUCACCUUCCGACCACAUGCCUGCCAAUCUCAGACCCUGUCAGACGACACGAAGAAGAGGAAGCACGACGAGGAGGAGGAGCAGAAGGCGGCAAGUGGCGAGCCUGAGAAGAACGGAAACGACCGCAAAAAGUCCAAAAGUGACCAAAGCUAAAGAGAAACAUUUGGGGUGCGGAGCAGCUGGUCACCAGAAAUGAAGUCCUGACCUCACACGACACUCACUGCACUUCACCCAGAAACAGAUUUCCUUUUGUUUUUUUAUGGAGCUUCACUUUAAUGCCCCCUUUCCAUUUUUUUCUGUCUUUUACUCCCACUGGAAAGACCCCGCCAUGCAUUGGCACCUAGAGCAGCUCGUCUUUU